AUUUUAGAAUGGUGAAACGCGAAAGCGGUGGCUGGCAUCCUUUUCUGUAUGAUAUGAGAGUAGAUGCUUGCAAGUUCUUCAGUAACCGCAGAAGGUUAUUUAUUCCCAAUUUAAUAUACUCAGCUUUAAAGCGUUUUACGAAUGUAAAUCACACAUGUCCGUAUUUGGCUGGUUCCGAUUUGAGUCUGUGGAAUUGGAGCCCAGUUGAAGCGAGAGUUUUAGAGAAAUUUCCCGUAGAAUUCGGUCAAUAUGGAUUACAUACAACUUGGUACUCACGCAAAAUGCGUGUUGUUGAGAUUAAUGGCUCAGUUUUAUACUUUAAAUGAUUUAAAGUUAUCUAAUAUUAUGAUUUUCAAGCUCAAAGAAUUAAAGUUGCUGUGUCUUUUUUGGGAAAUUCGCGUGGGUGCUAGGGACACACUUUCUAAC